GCGAAAUUAAUUUCGCGUAGCAAUAAUAAAUCUUAUGUAAAAUGUACAAAGUUGUAUGCAGCUUAUAUCACACGCGCGUUUCAAGGAUAUCACCAAAUAGUAAAAAUGGCAGAGGCAGCAAUGGAUAACUCGGGCAGACUUGUGAAGAUGGAAGUGGACUACAGCAACACUUGCGAUACAAAAAUUCCAGAAUGCAAGAAACUUGCCUCUGAAGGAAAGCUACAUGAUGCUUUAGAUCAAUUAUUGGCUUUAGAAAAACUCACCAGAACUGGUGCUGAUAUGGCAUCAACAUCGAGACUUCUUGUAGCCAUAGUUGAAAUUUGUUUAGAAGCCAAAAAUUGGUCAGCACUUAACGAACAUAUAAUCUUAUUGUCAAAACGACGGUCUCAACUUAAACAGGCUGUUACAAAGAUGGUUCAGGAAUGUUGUACUUAUGUAGACAAGACACCCAACAAAGAGACUAUGGUAAAACUGAUAGAAACUCUUCGUUCAGUCACAGAAGGAAAGAUAUAUGUGGAAGUGGAAAGAGCCAGACUCACUCAUCGUUUAGCCAAAAUAAAAGAGGCAGAAGGAGACAUUGCAGGUGCUGCAACUGUAAUGCUGGAACUACAGGUGGAGACAUAUGGUAGCAUGUCACGUCGAGAAAAAGUUUCCCUGAUCCUGGAACAAAUGAGACUCUGUCUGGCAAAACAAGAUUUUAUGAGAACGCAAAUUAUAGCAAAGAAAAUCAACGUCAAGUUCUUUAGUGAUGAGAAUGACGAGGAAACCCAAGCUUUAAAAUUGAAAUAUUAUGAUUUGAUGAUGGAAUUGGCUCGUCAUGAAGGUUGGCAUUUAGAAUUGUGUCGGCAUAAUAGAGCAGUAUUAGAGACUCCAGCGAUUAGGGACGAUUCAGAAAAGAGGCAUACCGCACUUUCUCGUGCAGUUCUGUACCUCGUUCUUGCUCCACACGAACCUGAGCAGGCCGAUUUGACUCAUCGAUUACUCGCUGACAAACUUCUCGAUGAGAUACCCACAUACAAGGAAUUACUGCGUUUGUUUGUAAAUCCCGAGUUAAUAAAAUGGUCGGGGUUAUGUGAGAUUUAUGAGAAAGAUCUCAGAUCAACCGAAGUUUUUUCUUCUACGACUGAAGAAGGACGCAAACGAUGGGCGGACCUUCGGAAUCGUGUUGUAGAACAUAAUAUCAGGAUUAUGGCCAAAUAUUACACCAAGAUUACAUUAAUUCGCAUGGCUGAGCUAUUAGACCUUCCUGCUGAAGAAACGGAAGCAUGUCUCUGCAACCUUGUGGAGACUGGUGUUAUCAGCGCACGUACAGAUCGUCCAGCUGGCGUGGUCCGUUUUACUGGUACGCAAGAACCAGCUGCUUUGUUGGAUACGUGGGCCGCAUCAUUGUCGAAAUUGAUGGGUCUUGUGAAUCAUACGACACAUUUAAUUCAUCAGGAAGAAAUGUUAGCUGUUGCGCAAUCUUAAAAUUGAUACGAAAUAUAUAUAUAUAUAUAUAUCGUGCAGGUAUAUAGUGCCGGUGUUUCUUACACAUUUGAACUUUAUUCUUAUUCAAUAUUAGCACUACACAUUAUUUAUGCCGAUUUGUUAACAAAUCGAUUAAAUCUCUUUGAUUACGGUUUUAAAUCGCCAAAUAUAAAGAUUGCUAUAAUAUAAAUACUUUUGUACGUAUUGAAAACUCAACAACCUGAUAACUAAGUGCAUACAGAUUUGCCGUUCAAAACAAUUUGAAUACAAAUUUACAUUUUAAAAGAUGGAGUUACGAGUAUUCAGAGGAGCGGCAUUUGUUGUUAAAUUGGAAAAUUAAAUAAGGAUAUUCCUGACAUGCAAUUAACUUUCAAAAUAUAUAGAAGCAGCAGUAAUAACGUUAUUAAUUUUUUUCUUUCAUUAAACUUAAUCAUUGUCGUCGCCCUAUAAGAAAUACAUACAACUUAAACUAGCGUAGUGUAUAUAUAAGAUAAUAUUUUAAUAUUACAUAAUAUGUUUGCAAAAUACAAUGCAUGACGAUAUGGCAUUAAAAAAAGAAGAAGGAAGAAA